GUGUCGUCAUUUUGUCCAGCAGGAUGGGAAUGUGUGUUAUACAAUUCCAUACCGCAUCCAGUACAACCCUAACAUGAUGACGGCCUCAGAUGAAGUUGUGUACGCUAAAUGCUGUGUCAACCAAGCAGGACAAACCAUCUCCACAGAUGCCAUCCUAGCAGACACAGCAACAAAAUAUAUCGACAAACAGCAAGAGGCUGUUAACUUUUUAGGUGUGACACUAUCCGCCACGCUCAAUAAUGGCCGCGCUAUAGAAAGAGCACUUCCUCUAAACCAAAUCUACAAACUGUGUUUAGACGUAACGGAUAACGGCUUCGCAUAUCUUGGCUUGAUCCGAAUAAUCGUCCAUAAUGGUCAGACGGGUUCUUCGCGAAAAGAGGCAGUGGUGUAUGGAAAUGAUGGAUGCAGCGACGAGUCCGGCAAGGCUAUCGUGCACUCCUAUCCAAGCAGAGUCAGUGACACGAGGAUUUGCAUGCGGUACAGGCCAGGUUACUUCCGACCAGGACCUGCAGCUGUGAUCCAUGAUAUGAAAUACAGGCUGUGCCUGGCAGGGGAUCAAGUUAGCUGUCAGUUGACACAAUGUGGAGUAACCGGAGGCAGGAAGAAGCGUCAAACGAAUACCGGCGGAGUUGAGGCAACAGCCAACCACACUGUCUACUUCGAGGAUGAGUCCACGCCAGCGUCACAAACAAACUCCGAAACUGAAGUUUCUCCAACUACAAAGGACUGCCUCCUGGAUAUGUCUGUGAUUUUCCCCGCUAUCAUCGUGGUCUGCGUCGUCACCCUGGUGCUCAUCAUCGUCAUCAUGUACAUGUGCUUCCUGCUGAUGAAGAAAAGACGCAAGCAAGAAGAUAAGCAGGACGAACUGAGUUCCGUAAAGAGUCGCAAGUCAUACGCAUACAGCAACUAAUUCAGCCUAAUUUGUCGCCAGAAUAAUUUUGUUAGUCCUAUUGGAAGAUAUAUAUUAUUCAAAUGCACCGAUAACUUUGCUUUUUAAUCUAACACAGAAAAAACACACACUUUUUCACGUGAGUAGGUUGUACUAGGACAAAGGACAUAUCCUCAUGUUUCGUGAGUAGGUUCUCCAGCUUGAUAUAUUUUCUUAUAACUUAGAUGUAACUUGACACGUCAAGUGUAAGGCAAUGGAUGAAAGGUCGGCUGAAGCAUGGGAGAUUUUUGUGCGUGUUGUCAAAGCAUCUCAGCGUAAUUGUAGUGAUUUGUUGAAUUGGCUUUGGAGUCUGGUAUCCAGACAGACAGGUCUCAUCUUGAGCCGUGAGCAUCCAUGCAUUACGUCUCCGUACAUUGACACAGGUACAGAUUUGACACGCUUUGGCUUUUUUCUAUUGUACACGCCCUGUAAUUAAGAUCAGUGAGAUUGGAUAUGUUUUGUUACAGUCAUACAUUGAACAUAUGCAUGUGUCUUUUACAUCUUGUGAACCAGACCGGGUAAACAAACCUUAAGAAUGUACAGCCAUCCUUCAUGUCGAACUAAAUGUCCGGCAAAACAACAUAUGCACCCGUUAUUGGUGGUUGUUAAAGUUUAACAACUAAAGAGCGAUUAGUCUUUUGUGAUUAUUUGAUAGGACAAUCGUUAUUAUGUUUUUGAUCCUAGGGUGACUGUGUUUCGUGGAUUGUUUUCAUCUUAGUAACGUAUCCAUAACGUUUGGGAGUGGUCAGGCUCUGACAACUUAUGAACCUUUGAAGACAAACUUUCCCACAACAUGAGAACGCUAAGAACGGAAUUUUAAAUGAGAAAAAAGCCCAUUUACUAUCGCUAUCAUUCUAAAAUCUUCACAGCACAAUACACAGCUUUCCCCACACAUAUAGGCCAUUAUGCUUCCCCCAUGCUGAGGUGAUAACCUCAUCUUGAUAUUUUUACUGAACUGUCGCCAGUCUCGCUUGAGGGAGCGCAAGCAAGAACAAUGACAUAAGAGAACACUCGUGUCAUAUUGACAACGGAUGCCUGUGUCUCUUUACAAGAAUCGAAGGGAUUUGAAAUGCGAAAAAAGUCCAUUUACUGUCGCUCUAAGUCUUCACAGCGCAAUGGUGUCAUUACGAAUCCUUUAUCCAAUGGUGUCCUGGGGGCGGUGUGGUAGCCUAGUGGUUAAAGCGUUCGCUUGUCACGCCCAAGACCCGGGUUUCGAUUCCCCACAUGGGUACAAUGUGUGAAGCCCAUUAUUGGUGUCCCCUGCCGUGAUAUUGCUGGAAUAUUGCUAACAGCGGCGUAAAACUAAACUCACUCACUCACUCCAAUGGUGUCCUCUUGUAAAUUAGUAUUUGAAAAUAUAGUGUUUGAAGCGUUUGCAACGAAAACAGCAAAUAUUCUGUAAGCUCCAAAAACAAAAUUCCUUCCAUAUCUUUGACACUAACAGCACUUAUUACAUUCAAAUUGUUAUCAGGUUUGAUCUGGGUCACCUUUGUGAGCUGCUAUGGAUUAUGUUGUCUGAGCUAUUGUAAUGACGUCUUUCUUUCGAAAAUCCAAUAAAAUAUUUGUGAUUGCA